ACAGACGAACGACAGCAAUAGCAACAAUUACAAUUUGUAGAAAAAGAACAACAACAGCAAAAACAACAACACCAAAACGCAGUGCAGCCACCAAGGACACGAAUUGUAUAAAAUAUAUAAAAUAGUGCAGCUAGGAGCAUGAGACGGCAAUAAAAAAGCAAAACAAAAUAAAAGUACAAAAUUAAAAGAAAUUAUCAAUUAUUAUCUAUUUGUUAACCUUAUACACAUUGCAAGUGUAUUAGCAAAAAAAAAAAACGAAAGUAUUAAAAAUCUCAAACGAGUGCAAGUGAAGCAAGUGAAGAAAGGAAAGGAGAGAGAAAAGGCAAAGAGAGAGGGAGAAGGAGAAGGCAACAACAAAUUGAAGCUUUUUUAGCUUUUUUUAAGAAUGGCGGCCAACAACAUGCGACAGAUUCCAUUGACCUGCAGUGGACACACUCGACCCGUGGUGCAUUUGGAUUUCAGCGAUAUCUGCGACAGCGGAUAUUUUCUCAUAUCCGCCUGUAAAGAUGGCAGCCCAAUGUUGCGUCAUGGCGACACGGGGGAUUGGGUGGGCACCUUUGAGGGUCACAAGGGCGCCGUGUGGGGCGUGGCACUGAAUCGGAAUGCAACCCUGGCAGCCUCGGGCGCCGCCGACUUCACCGGGAAGGUGUGGAACGCGGUUAGCGGAGCCGAGAUUCACAGUUUCCAGCACAAGCACAUCGUGAAGAGCGUCGCCUUCGAUCAGAGCUCGGAGAACAUUGUGACCGGCAGCAAUGAGAAACUGGUGCGUGUCUUCAAUCUGGAACAACCCGAUGCGGAACCGGAACUGUACGCCGGACACUCCGGUGCCAUUAAGCGUGCGCUCUUCUGUCGCGACGACAAGUGCAUCAUUUCGGCGGCGGACGAUAAGACGGUCCGACUGUGGGAUCGGAUGACCGGCAUCGAAGUACAGCGUCUGCAGUUCCAGAAUAAUCCCAACAGCCUGGAUAUAUCCCAUGAUAAUCAUGUGCUGACGAUCACACACGGUUCCACGAUCAGUUUCUGGGAGAUCGACACCCUCAAGAAGCUCAAGGAGGUCAAAGUGCCGACGAAUGUCGCCUCGGCCAGUUUGCAUCCUGAUAAACAUGUCUUUGUCUGCGGCGGUGAGGACUUUAAGAUGUACAAAUUUGACUACAUAACAGGCAAUGAAAUUGAAUCCUUCAAGGGUCACUUUGGUCCGGUGCAUUCGGUCAAGUUUAGUCCCGAUGGCGAGCUAUAUGCAAGUGGCUCCGAAGAUGGAACAUUGCGUCUGUGGCAAACCACAGUGGGUAAAACGUACGGACUUUGGAAGUGCACGGAACCAAGUGAGCUCAACAAUUCGAUGAAUUCUCCACGUGAGGUGCCGGCAAACUGAUGUUGGAGAAGUUCGAGUCGCUGUUACACGGCGACACAACCACCGCAAAU